CACCGAAGCAUACCUUCUAUAUUCAUAUACAUUGAUGGGUGGGCUACGGGCUGUCAUUCGGGCUACGAGCGUAGAGAAGGACGGACACAAUCUUACAACUGGCGACGAGGAGAAAAAAUAAUUGAGGAACGAGAUGGAUGAAUCACGGGCGGUUCCGGCUUUUAGAUGUGAUAGAAUCGAAACAAGUAAACUUGCUCGAGAAUGGAAGGUGUGGAAGGAGUCACUGGAGUGCUUCUUUGCGGCCUACGAUAUAACGGAUCAGAGAGUCAUGCGAGCGAAAAUGCUCCAUAUGGGUGGUUCUGCCUUGCAGACGGUUUUCAAGAACCUGGAAGAUCAUGAUCACGUUCCACUGGUCUCCCUGGUUCCGCGAUGGUACGAUGUAGCGGUUGAAAAACUCGACGCAUUUUUCGAACCAAGACACCAAAACACUUCUGAGCGCAGGAAGCUCCGGCAAAUAAAGCAGAAUUCUGGUGAAAGAUUUACGGAUUACGUCAUCCGUCUUAAGCAGCAAGUUGGUGAGUGUGGAUUCGAAAGAUAUGGAGCUGAUAUAGAGGAAAUCCUGAAGAAUAUCUAUCUAACGGAUGCCGUUGUUGAAGGAUGUUCUUCAAACGAAGUGCGCAGAAUGAUUCUGCUGAAGGAUUUGCCUUUCAAGGAUAUCGAAGCAUUCGGAGUUACCCAAGAAGGCGUGGACCAGCAAUUGGUUGAGAUUACCCAAUCGGGGACUCACACGAUGGAUAAGGUAUACAGUGCUCAUUCGCAGAAUCGAGACCGCCGUAGUGCUGUUAGAGAUAACUCAAACAGGGUGUCGAUGAAGAAAUGUUACAAUUGCGGUCGGCAGGGACAUCUGUCAACCUCUCCAAUGUGCCCGGCACGCGGUCAGCAAUGCCGCAACUGUAAGAACUACGGUCAUUUCGAGAAACUGUGCCGUAAGCGAAAGUCAACGCGAUCAGAACCCUCGCAGAAGAACCAAAUCCGAGUAAUUGAAAGCAUCAGCAACGACAAUGAUCUAAAUGUAGUCGUACCAGAAGACAACCCAACCCAAGACAAAGUGUACUACGCCUUCUACUCAGGUAAUGAAUCAAACAUGCUUACAUGCAGUAUCGGUGGUGUUUCUACGGAAAUGUUGGUCGAUUCUGGUGCUGAUGCUAAUUUGAUUAGCGAGGUAUCUUGGGUGAAAAUGAAAAAUAGUAGGAUUUCGGUGUAUUCGUCAACCAGAGGGAGCAGUCGAAUUUUAAGAGCGUAUGGCAGCGAUAUUCCAUUGACCAUUUUGGGAACCUUCGUUGCGGACAUAACCAUUGGAGAGAAGACAAUUCAAGCUGAAUUUCUCGUAGUCAAAGGAGGCCAACGUUGCCUUCUUGGUGACCGAACAGCGAAGCAGUUAGGUGUAUUAAAGAUUGGUUUGCACGUCAAUCGUGUCGAGAACUCUACACAGCCGUUCAGCAAGAUUAGGGGUAUCACGGCUUACAUCCCUAUGAAUCCUGAAGCCAUCCCAGUUUUCCAGCCAAUGCGUCGCAUUCCUUUGCCAUUGGAACAAGCAGUUGCGAAGAAAAUCGAUGAAUUACUGAAGCGGGAUAUCAUCGAAAUCAAGACAGGUCCAACCUGCUGGGUGUCCCCGUUGGUUAUUGUAGGAAAGGCAAAUGGUGAGCCUCGACUCUGUGUUGAUCUCCGCCGAGUAAACGAGGCUGUUCUUCGUGAGCACCAUCCGAUGCCUGUUGUGGAAGAUUACAUUGCGCGCCUGGGAAGAGGAUUGAUAUGGAGCAAGCUCGAUAUUCGCGAGGCGUUCUUGCAGGUCGAAUUGGCAGAGGAAUCACGUGAUGUAACGACCUUCAUGACCAACCGGGGGCUAUUCCGGUUUAAGAGACUGCCGUUCGGCUUAGUAACGGCACCGGAGCUUUUUCAAAAAGCUAUGGACGAAAUACUGGCAGAUUGUAGCGGCACCUAUUGGUAUCUCGACGACAUAAUUGUAGAAGGGAAGGACAUCGAAGAGCACGAUAAUCGACUUGAGAAGGUUCUUUCGAGAUUGAAGGACAGGGGAGUGGAGCUCAAAUGGGAGAAAUGCCAAUUUUGGGUUACCGAACUCGAGUUCUUGGGCCAUCAGAUCUCCAGAAACGGGAUAAGUCCUUCCGAGUCGAAAGUAGCAGCGUUGAUGUCAUUCCGAGAGCCUGAAAAUGAAGCAGAGGUACGUAGCUUUCUCGGAUUGGCCAACUACCUGAAUCGAUUCAUUCCGCAUCUUGCGACUAUUGAUGAACCGUUGCGCAAACUUUUGGUUAAGGGUACUAAGUUUGAAUGGACUAGCAGAGAAUCUGAAUCUUUCCAAUCCAUCAAAAUGGCUUUAAGUAACGUGAGUAACUUGGGGUUCUAUAAAGUAGAAGAUCGUACAGCUGUAGUAGCAGAUGCCAGUCCCCAAGGGUUAGGAGCUAUUCUACUCCAAAUCAACGACGAAAAUGUCCAACGUGUGAUCAGUUUCGCUUCCAAAUCCUUAACAGAAACGGAACGACGGUACUGUCAAACGGAAAAAGAGGCCCUAGCUGUCGUGUGGAGCGUGGAACGAUUCCAAUACUAUCUCCUUGGCAGGAAAUUUAACAUCCUGACAGACUCUAUCCAGGAACCUAAGCCAUUCGAUCAAUCGGAGGAAAUAUUCGUACGCGAAGUAGCCAUUCAAGCUGCUAACUGUGCUGCGUUAACUUGGAAUGAGAUUGUACAAGCAACAGAAAUCGAUGACGAAAUCUCAAAAGUACUGGAAAUUCUGAGGAAUGGUGAUAUGCAGAACUUAUCUGUUGAAUACAGAGUAGUUGCCAAUGAAUUGUGCAAUUUUCAAGGCGUACUGCUACGAAACGAUCGGAUUGUCGUACCUUUUUCGUUAAGAGAAAAAGUGCUGAUUACAGCUCACCAGGGUCAUCCUGGCAUAGUGAUGAUGAAAAGUCACCUAAGAUCAAAUGUCUGGUGGCCUAAAAUGGAUCAGGCAGUUGAACGAUUCGUGAAGCGUUGUAGAGGUUGCGUAUUAGUUGCUGCUCCCGAAGCACCAGAGCCAAUGCAACGUAGUCACCUCCCUUCAUCACCGUGGCAAACAUUGGCACUCGAUUUUUUGGGACCUCUGCCUGAGGGGCAACACGUGUUGGUUGUUGUUGACUGUUACAGUCGUUAUAUAGAGGUAGUUGAAAUGGAUACAACAACAACAAAAGAUGUUACGCGAGAGUUGAUGACCAUGUUCAGUCGGUACGGAAUUCCAUCGUUCUUGAAAGCCGAUAAUGCACCACAGAUUAGUUCCGAUUGUGAGGAGUUUAAUGAGUUUUGUUCGACUAAUGGUAUCAAAUUGCUGAACACAAUACCGUACUGGCCUCAAUCAAACGGAGAGGUUGAACGGCAAAAUCGUUCGAUUUUGAAGCGCCUCCGAAUAUCUCAGGAGCUUGGGAAAGAUUGGAGAAACGAGCUACGGCUGUAUCUAUUAACCUAUCAUUCCUCGAAGCAUCCAACCACAGGCAAAUCACCAGCAGAGUUGAUGUUCGGUCGUCAGAUAAAAAGCAAGCUACCAACGAUUUCGACGUUUUCUUGA